AUGAACGCGAGCGCGGUCGCGCGGAUCGCGAGCGCGCAGCUGCGAGACAUGUUCCGCGUCUUGUCCGACGACGACACCGCGUCCGGGCUGCUCGAGCUGCUCGCGGCGAACCCCGCGGCGAGAGACGUCGCCGCGGCGCGCGAGGACAUCGAAGCCAGCGCGGGGUGGUACGUCGGUCUCGUCGAGACUCGGCGGCGGACGUUACUCCGUCGGAUCGCCGCGUAUCGCCGCGAGAAGGACGCCGCGGAGAAGAAGAAGAAGAACGAGGGCAGCGGUGGCGACGGCGCGAGGUUCGCGAAGACGUACGCGACGCGGAAGAUCGUCGCGUCGACGCCGCCGCCGGGCUGCGGCGCGGAGGAGGAGGAGGACGACGAUGAAGAAAAAGACGCCGCAGCCGCGCCGCCGCCGCCGCCGCCGCCGCCGACGAUUCGCGUCACCGUCAACAUGACCGAGUACGAAUACGACGCGGGCGGCGUCCAGGAGCUCGUGUUCCACGACCUGACGCUGACGAACGUCGGCGACGACCCGAUCGCGCUCGGGCUCGGCCGCCGAGGCGAUCGCGUCGUCGUCAUCGAUCGCGACGACCCGCGCGUUCGAACGAGAGUAACGGUCGUCCGACCGACGUUCACGUUCGGGUUCGACCCGAGCGUGACGUUCACCGGCGGGUCGUACGCGGCGUGGCCGAACGAGUUUCGCGUCGGGUGUUGGAGCUCGGCGCACGGCGGCGGGGACGACGCGGAGAGCGUCGCGAGCGCGGACAACGCGCCGCGCGCGGACUUUGACGUCGCGUCGAACUGCACGGCGACGGCGGCGGUGACCGGACCGAGCCGCCAGUCGACCCGAGCCGGUGGACCCGAGCCGCCGGUCGCGAUGCAGGUCUACGCGACGUUUUCAAACCGCUCGGUCUCGCUGACGUUCGGCGGCGCGGAGCGCGGCGACGGCGUGGACGGCGCGCCCGUCGUCUUGUGUCCCGGGUGCGCGGUCACGCUCGGGAAGGUGUCGUUUUAUCAGCGGUUCUGGUCCGCAUUUCAACGCGGGAUCGCGACGUUGAACUUGAAGGGCGUCCCGGACGUCCGCGUGCGGUUGGGCGACCGGUGCGGCGGCGGCGGCGGCGGCGGCGACGACGCGCGCGCGACGACGCCCGUCGCGGGCGGGCGAACGUACCCGACGCGACGCGGAUGACGACGGCGCGCGGCGUCGGUUCUCCCUCCCUCGGCUUUCUCUCCUCUCGAUUUCGAUUACGAAACACGAAGAUGCUACAG